GCCAUGAAAUCUUUUUCUCAAAACCAGUUCAAUCCAACACUUCCAUCACUGUACCAAGUGAAAAAUUGUUCAAAAAUAACAGGGCAAGAAAGAGUGGAUUGCACAACAAAGAUGGGUUGUUUUAGUUAUAAUCUUUUCUCUUCUUCUCCAUCUUGUCAAGUUCCAGUGACAGGCAGCUUUGCUUGCCAAUUCAAGACGACUCCUUACAAGCAACUCCCUACUUUGUUUAAGCAGAAAAAGAAGCAUUUUAAUGGGUGCCAAAGAGCUUCAAGAGUUGUCUCUUACUAUGCCUUGAAGACCCCUCCUUAUAAACUUGAUGCUUUAGAACCUUAUAUGAGUAAGAGGACAGUAGAGGUGCAUUGGAAAGAACAUCACGGUGCCUAUGUGGAAGGAUUGAAUAAAGCAUUAGCGAAAAGUGAUAUACUUUAUGGCUAUACUCUGGAUGACCUUGUCAAGGUGACAUAUAACAAUGGCAACCCUUCGCCUGAUUUCAACAAUGCUGCCCAGGUCUGGAAUCAUGAUUUUUUUUGGGAAUCUAUGCAACCAGGAGGAGGAGACAUGCCAGAACUUGGCAUGCUUGAGCAGAUUGAAAAGGAUUUUGGUUCCUUUACAAAUUUCAGAAACAAGUUUGCAGAAACAGCUCUUACACUAUUUGGCUCUGGCUGGGUUUGGCUUGUCUUGAAGAGAGAAGAACCACGUCUGGAAGUAGUUAAAACACUGAAUGCAGUUACGCCAAUUGUAUGGGGUGACAUUCCUAUCAUCAACUUGGAUAUGUGGGAGCAUGCUUACUAUCUUGACUACAAGAAUGACAAAGAGAAUUAUGUCAAUGCAUUUAUGGACCACCUUGUAUCUUGGAACAUGGCGAUGGCACGCAUGGCCCGUGCAGAGGCAUUCGUGAAUCUAGGUGAACCCAAAAUUCCUAUUGCUUAACAUUUGACCCAGGAACUAUGAUUCAGCAGUAUCUGGUGGCUUCCAAGUGACUGUGGGUCAGAGGUGAUCCGUUCAAGACAUUGAAGAGAGAUAACUUCCAAGUGACUGCAGGUCAGAAGCGAUUCAUUUGAGACAUUGAAGGUAGAAAUGCAGUCAUGUUGGAGUAAAGAGAUUAGUUCUCGCGUUACAUUAGUUCAGUCCUUCAUUUUUGUUUUGUUACACAAACAGAUGCCCUGAUGUUUUUUGGGGAUUCCCAGGAAUCAGAUUAGUUACAGAAGAUGAGGAAAUGUAGUAGUAAACUAAUUGGUUCUCCUUUGUCAUUGGUAAUUAUAUAAAUGACCUUAAUGUUGAAAUUGAGGACAUAUUAUAAUGAAUUUGUUCUGACUAA